CAUACUGACACACAUCCCCAUUACCACCUUGUAAAUCAUUACUCUCUCUCUCUCUCCCCAUAUCGACAAGCCCACCUUGGCUUCUCUCUUUAUAUGUAUAUGUAUGUAUAGGCUGGUUGCUGUCCUUGCAGUAUGUGUGUGUGUAUAUAUAUAUACACAGAGAAACUUUGCAUGAUUGUCACAUACUAAUUUCCACCAGGAGAACAGUACAUUUAUUAGUACUUCUCUUCAUCUUCACUUCUCUCUAGCUCUUAACUUGCAGUAGUAGGAGCUGAGUUGAGUUGAAAAAUCUUUGAGGCUGAGGUGAUCACAAGAGAUCAAUUAGCAUUGCAUGCCUAUGGAUACUUCACCUGCACAACCCCAUAAUUUCCAGGAAAUGGGCUCCCAAACACUAGAAAGCAUGUUCGUGUGCACAAAGCCACAGCAAGAGAAGAAGCCAAGGCCAGCUGAACAAGCCCUCAAAUGCCCAAGAUGUGACUCCACCAACACCAAAUUCUGCUACUACAACAACUACAGCCUCUCUCAGCCGAGGUACUUCUGCAAAUCAUGCAGAAGGUACUGGACCAAAGGUGGAACCUUGAGGAAUGUCCCGGUUGGAGGAGGCUGCAGGAAGAACAACAAGAGGUCCUCCUCCUCCUCAUCGUCAUCCACAUCUUCUUCCUCUUCUUCAAAGAGAAACCAUGAUCAUCAACCAAUGCCGUUAACAAUUCCCAGCCCCAACGUUCCGCCGCCUUUCGCUCCUUUCUCUUACGAUUCGGCCAACGACCUCAGCCUUGCAAUAGCCAGGCUUCAAAAACAAACAGCCGGGCAAUUGGGAUUCGAUGAGCAUGAUUUUCCAAUGCCUAGGACCGAUGUUCUUGGGAAUUUUGAUGCAUUGAGGGUAGGAUUUCUUGAUCAAACCCCAAGAGGGCUUCACAAUAUGUACAACUACGGAGUUGGGGAUGGGAUCAACCUCGGGUUGGAAAACGGAGGAAUGGGAUUACUGGGACUCGAGGAUUUAACGAACACAUCCACAGCAGUGAAGCAAGAAAUGUGCAGUAGCGGUAGGGAAGGUGAAAGUAGCAGCAUAGGGUUUUGGGGAUUCCCAUGGCAGAGUGUUGGUGGGGAUGGAAACAUGCAUGGGGAACUUGAUUCCAACAGACUUAGCAGCUGGAGUGGAAUUGGCUCAUCUAAUUUGCAUGGACUUCUCAAUAGCCCUCUCAUGUAAAAGACAAUGUGUUUCACUUAUAAUUAAAGCAUCUUUGUCUACAAAAAUUCUUACAUGUUGGUAUUUGGGAGUUUCAAAGUACUUAGAAUUAAGUCAUGUCACGUUGACGUGGAGUGACUCGUAUCCUUUGAUAUUUGGUGCAGAGUAAAUGUAAUAUGUGAAUUUUCCACUAGAAGAGAGGGGCCGGCGUUGAUACUUGAGAAUUUUGGUUCUCAUGUCAUAUAUAACUAAGAAACUUACUCCAAUUUAUUGCUUUGAUCCACUUGAAACAUUACCUCUU